UCUCAGGGCAGGUUCUGCUCGGGGAUUUCUGUCAUGCGCGUGUCUGUGUUUAUUUACCGAACUUUUACAAGAAUUUACUGAAUUUAAGUGAAUUAAAUUGAAUGAAUGUGAAUUAAAGUGGAGAUGAUGGAGGAAGAGAAUCAGCUUGCGGAACACUUUAACCGGUCUUUGAAUGUCAGUGAUGCAGAAAGGGAGGAGAAAUAUAACAGAUUCAGGCAACAGGGGAAGGAGGCGGCUCAGCAAGGCGAUCUUGAACUUUCUCUCCGUUUUUUCCGCCAAGCAUUUGAUCUGCGGCCAAGUGACAAAAUGCGGAGUCGAAUCCAGCGACUAGAGGAAGCCAUAAAGGAACUGAACCUAUCAGAGGAGGAGGAGGAGUUUGUAGAUGUUUUCGGCUGUGGCUUGAUGAUGUAUAAAGGACUUUAUGAGCAGCUUUAUGAGCACCAGAAAGAGGGCGUGGCCUUCCUGUACAGCCUGCACAGGGACGGGCGGGGCGGUGGCAUCCUCGCCGACGACAUGGGCCUGGGCAAGACGGUGCAAAUCAUCAGCUUUCUGUCAGCUAUGUAUGAUUCCGAGCUGAUCGGUCACACGCUUCUCGUCAUGCCCACCUCCCUCAUCAAGAACUGGCUGAGUGAAUUUAAGCGUUGGACACCUGGUCUACGUGUCAAAGAGUUUCACGGCACCAGCAAAACGGAGCGCAGCCGGAACCUGGAGCGAAUCCAACGAGGGAGUGGAGCCAUCAUUACCACCUAUCAAAUGCUGAUUAAUAACUGGCAGCAGCUGGCAUCGUUCGGAGGGCGAGAGUUCUUCUGGGAUUACAUCAUCCUCGAUGAAGCACACAAGAUUAAAAGCUCAUCAACAAAGACUGCGAAGAGUGUGAGUGCAGUGCCGGCACGCCACCGCCUCCUUCUCACCGGCACGCCGGUUCAGAACAACCUGCGGGAGAUGUGGGCACUGUUCGACUUUGCCUGCCAGGGUGCAUUACUGGGCAGCGCUAAGACCUUUAAAACCGAGUACGAGAACCCGAUCACACGGGCUCGGGAGAAAGACGCAACACCUGGAGAGAAAGCUCUAGGGCUAAAAAUCUCACAGAACCUCACAGAGCUUAUCAAACCGUACUUCCUGCGAAGGACCAAAGCUGAGGUACAGAACAGGAAGCAGCUUGAACCCAGAGCUGAAGAGGAAGAUCCAAAACAGGAAGUGCAGGAUCAGAAGAGCACUAGAGUGAAUGAGAUUCCAUCUCUAACACGUAAGACAGAUCUGAUUGUGUGGACGUACCUGAGUGAAGUUCAGGAGGACAUCUACAGACAAUUCAUCUCUCUGGACCACAUCAAGCAGCUACUGACCACCACACGCUCGCCACUCGCAGAGCUCACGGUGCUCAAAAAGCUCUGUGACCAUCCCAGACUGCUCUCUGCCCGAGCCGUUACUCAGCUAGGAUUUGGGGCGGGACAAGGUGACUUACAUGAGGAUGAUGGCCAGUCAUCUGCGAGCAGCAUCAUGGGCGUGUCUGACGAGACGCUGAUCAGCGAGUCGGGAAAGCUGCGUUUCCUGCUGAGUCUAAUGGAGAGUCUGAGAGAUGAGGGCAAGCGCACUCUUGUCUUCUCCCAGUCCAGGAAGAUGCUGGACAUCAUCGAACGUGUGCUUACCAACAGGAAGUUCCGUUUGCUGCGUGUGGAUGGCACCAUCACACAACUGGCUGAGAGAGAAAGACGCAUUGCUCUUUUUCAGACAGAUGCACGGUACUCUGUCUUUUUGCUGACCACACAGGUGGGCGGAGUUGGCCUCACUCUCACUGCUGCUAACAGAGUGGUGAUCUUCGACCCCAGCUGGAACCCUGCCACAGACGCACAGGCAGUAGACCGAGCGUACCGUAUCGGGCAGACGCAUGAUGUCAUCAUCUACAGAAUCAUCACCUGUGGAAGUAUAGAGGAGAAGAUUUACAGACGACAGGUGUUUAAGGACUCUCUGAUCCGCCAGACCACGGGCGAUAAGAAGAACCCAUUUCGAUACUUCACUAAGCAGGAGCUGAAGGAGCUCUUCACCCUGGAGGACACACACUCAUCCUCCACGCAGCUGCAGCUGCAGUCACUCCACUCAUCUGUGUGUCACACUGACCCCGAGCUGCAGGGUCACAUCUCUGUUCUGAAGGGCAUGAAUGUGUUCGGUGUGUCCCGUCAUGACCUUCUGUUCUCUAAUGAGGAGGAUGAAGAUACUCUGCAUGACGAGGAGACCCACUACAUUGAGCAGCGUGUACAGAAAGCGCAGGAGCUUGUCCGGGCCGAGUCCCAGCUGCACAGCCUCAUGACGGACAGCGUCAAUCAAAACACAGAACCCGCCUGGCUCCGGCUGUCACGGCAACAGGGCCCGGACCCACCCAAGGCAAUGGGUGAUGGUAAAACAACGCCCCCAUCCGAUAACCUUGGCCCACCUGCUGUAGUGGAUCUCGCCCAAUCAGGAUCAGAUGAGCUGGAAAUGAUGAGCAUGGAUGGAGGAAUACAGGUGAAGGACGAGUGUGUGAUAGAUUUAUCUAUGCAGGUGACAGAGGAUGUUGAACAAGUAUUUAAGAGCAUAAAUGAAGAGCAAAGUUUAAUCAUUGAGGAGCGAUCUGAUCACAGACACACUCCCUCGAGUCAGAUCAUACACAUCUCUCCCUUAAAGCAAUCAGAUUCAUCUGCAGCUCUGAGAGGGACAGAGUCAGUGACACCUGAAGCAGACGUGCCAUUGGGUUCACAUGAAGCCUGUGCUGAGGCUGACUCUGAUGUAUCUAAAGCUCUUCUGGGGGUGGGAUUAGAUACAUCUAUAGAUUCAAAAGCAGAGUCUGAUUUGUCCAAAUCAGUGGUCGGAUCUGAAUCUGAUUCAAAAGAGCUGAUAGCGUUAGAGUCUUUCCAAGGGAACUUUAACCUGAAGCUGGAAGACAGUGCAGAGCUGCUGUCAGAGGACAAAGAGGGGGACAUGGAUCAGGAAGAAGUGGAGCUAAGUACACUGGGUGAAGACUUUCAGCUGCAGAUGGAUGACUCUAGAGAGAAGAUAGGUGAGAACAUCUAUGAUGGUGUGAGACAGAAGUCAGGAGAUGAGUCCCUUCUUUUGCCCGUUAAAAAGAAAAAACUGCGAGUCAUCUAUGAUAGUGAAGAAGAGGGGCAUGAAGAAGAGGAGGUGGAGAAACCUGUUUUGGCUAGCAGUCCAUUAGCUGGCAGCUUCAUGGGCCUUGGAUCUUCCACACCCAAAUCUAUGCUGAAUAACAAUAACAACCGCAGAUGCAGCAUGAACAUAUCAAUUGCAUCACGGCGAUCUCUAGUAGAGUCACUGCUGCAAGACAUGGAGGAGGAGGAGGAGGAGGAGAAUGAGACAGAUGAGGGGAGGGAGCCAGAGGAUGAGGCAGAGGAGGAGGGCAGCUCUGAAGGGGUCAUGCGUAGCCAAGCAUCUGAAGCCAGUGGAACUUAUGAUGAUGAAUCAGUGUUGAAGGAGCUAGAGCCUAGUGGAGAAACACUAAAUUCAGUACACAUGAGUGAGGAGGAAGAAGAAGAGUGUGAGGAGGAGGAGGAGUGUAAGCAGGAAGAGUGUGAGGAGGAGUGUGACGAGGAAGAGUGUGAGGAGGAGUGUGACGAGGAGUGUGACGAGGAGGAGUGUGAGGAGGAGUGUAAGGAGGAAGAGGAGGAGUGUGAUGAGGAAAAGUGUGAGGAGGAAGAGGAGGAGUGUGAUGAGGAGGAGUGUAAGGAGGAAGAAGAGGAGUGUGACGAGGAGGAGUGUGACGAGGAAGAGUGUGACGAGGAAGAGUGUGACGAGGAAGAGUGUGACGAGGAAGAGUGUGACGAGGAAGAGUGUGAGGAGUGUGACGAGGAAGAGGAGUGUGACGAGGAAGAGUGUGAGGAAGAGGAGGAGUGUAAGGAGGAAGAGGAAGGUGAUAUAGUAAAGGGUUUCAUUGAUGAAUCCACUGAUGUUGAACUAACCUCUAGUGAAGUACUGGAUCAGUGUGCACCCUCUGAAGUGCAAAGACCAAAUGAUGUGGAACAUCUGGAGGAAACAUUCAACACGCUGGUGCAUUCUGGGAAAUGUUGUUUGGCUGAGGGGAGGAAACAGGAAGCAUUGGAUUUUUUUCUGAAGGCCAUUGACAUUAAUACUGGAGACAGUGAGAUACAACUGCUCAUCAUCCAACUAUACAGACAUCUGAGUCAGUGACACCCCCCCCCCCCACACCUGCUCAUGAGUCUGUGUAUGAGUGUGUAUGAGUGUAUGUGUAUGAAUAUCGUGUCAUUAGUCUGACAAACACAUACAUAAGUAGCUGAUUUUUUUUUUCUUUUUCAACUAUUUGUAUAACAUUUGAAUAAAAAAUGGAACUUAUUUAAUAGCGUUGUAUUGCAGCUUUGCUAAAAGAAGAGAGUGUGUGUGUGUUUGUGAUAGCAUGAUUUAUUCUAUCGUUUCAUGACUUCUGUAGAGACAGAGCUAGAUUUGAGGAAUUUUGUAUGAGAAAUUGUGUAGAUUAAUGUGAGCACAUUAGUGCUCCUAAGCUCUGGACGUAAGUGGACAUAAUCUCUAAUCCCUUUAUCUACAUCAAAUGCAUACAACACCAAUUUAUCAAAUUUCUAUUAAACAUUUCUGCCCUAAUUUAUGUACAUGUUCAUCCAACAAAGCAAAGAGUUCAGCAAACUUUAAAAGUUCAAUUCUU